CGACAGAAGUAAAAAAUGCGUGUGAAUAACCCUACGUGCUAAAUCCUUUCGCGAAGGCGCUUGCCUUGUCCUAUAAAUAUUCUCAUUUCCCUGGAUUGUCUGCAAACCAGUCCAUCCUGUUUAAUCAAAUUCCGUUAAUUUCGCGUGAGUCUGCGGAUAGCAUAUGUCUCAGAGGCCUACCAUCCCCCACUCUUCCUCCAUCGCCUUCAGCCUCCAUUCCCAUCUCCUCGUCUCCAGUGAGAUGAACCCUAAUUCCAACUGGCCCUCUUAAUCAUCAUUAAACUUUCUAAUUUAUUCUUAUUUUCCGUUUCUUCCCCAAGAAAAUUCGACAUGGGUGUCAAAGGUUUUGUUGAAGGAGGCAUCGCUUCCAUCAUCGCCGGCUGCUCCACCCACCCUCUUGACCUCGUCAAGGUCCGAAUGCAGCUCCAGGGCGAAACCCACGUCCCGAACCCGGCUGAGCAGACAGUGCGCCCUGCUUUUGCUUCCGUCCACACAGCCGCCAGACGCGGCUCCAUCCCCCUCCCCCAACCACCGCCUCCUGCGGUCCGUGCCGGUCCAAUCACCGUUGCGGUUCGCAUAAUUCAGCAAGAAGGCGUCUCCGCCAUGUUCUCCGGCGUCUCUGCUACCAUGCUCCGGCAGACUCUCUACUCCACAACCCGAAUGGGCCUCUACGACAUUCUCAAGCAAAAAUGGACCGACCCGACAACCCGCAACAUGCCACUCCCCCGCAAAAUCACAGCAGGAUUGAUCGCCGGAGCCGUCGGCGCCGCCGUCGGAAACCCUGCCGACGUGGCCAUGGUCCGAAUGCAAGCAGACGGGCGUCUCCCGGUGGCUCAGCAGCGUAACUACAAGAGCGUGGUGGACGCCAUCGGCCGCAUGGCCAAGCAAGAAGGGGUGACGAGCCUUUGGCGCGGGUCGUCGCUGACGAUCAACCGCGCGAUGCUGGUGACGGCGUCGCAGCUGGCAUCGUACGAUCAGAUUAAGGAGACGAUCGUGGACAAAGGGAUUAUGCGCGACGGGCUCGGGACCCACGUAACGGCGAGCUUCGCAGCGGGGUUUGUGGCGGCGGUGGCGUCAAACCCGGUCGACGUGAUCAAGACUAGGGUGAUGAAUAUGAAGGUGGAGGCCGGGGCUGAGCCGCCGUACUCGGGGGCGUUCGAUUGCGCGCUCAAAACGGUGCGUUCGGAGGGCCCCAUGGCGCUUUAUAAAGGCUUUGUGCCUACGAUUUCGCGGCAAGGGCCUUUUACCGUUGUGCUGUUUGUGACGCUGGAGCAGGUACGCAAGCUGCUCAAGGAUUUCUGAACGUAGGAUUCAGAAAGUGAACGGUGGUGAUUGUAUUCGAUGUGAUGACGAAAAAAAGUACUUUCUAGAAUAUGGGCAUGUGUCUUUUUUUUUUUUUUUGUAAUUUUUUUUAUUAUUAUUGUUUAAAUUCCUUUAGAUUGGGAAGGAAUUAACUUAAUUAAGAGGUCGUUAGCAAAAACACAAAAACAAAAGUAAUAUAUUAAGAUGCAAUAUUGACUCUAAGCAAUGUGCCAUAUAAUAUACCUAAGUGCUUGUGUAUUUGAUUGUAUUUCAAUCCCCUUUAUGUUUAUCAUAUUGUUAAAUUUACGAUAUAGAUUGGUGGUGUGAUUCUAUGA